AUGCCUGCUGAACGCAACACAAGGCCGAGGACUAACAAUGCGAAUUCCUCUACUCCGCGUCGCCCUCUGGCUCCUGCUAGGAAACCUAACACUCCAACGUCUGGGGCCCAGAGAGUGCCGACUCCUUAUCCACCCCACAUCCAAGUUCUAGAGGAACACUUUAACGCUGGAAUAGUAGAAAUGCCAACUCCCAUUCGACCUACCAUAAACCUCCAGUCCCGGGAAAACUCCGAUGACUCUUCAAUGGAGUUUCUUAGCGAAGGAGGUUUCCGCUAUCCCUUUCCUCCUAUUCCUAACGUCACCUGUCGUCCUUUUCUUAUCCCAGGGCCCUCGGAUUCUUCCCACAAUGACGCCGUACUCCUUCAUCAGUUCCCUGGUCCUCUGGAACUUUCUCACAAUCAGUCAGACACUACUCCGGGGUCAUACCACGUUGCACCUCCGCAAACCUUGCCCUCUCAGUCAUCAGUACUUGACUCAUCAUCUAUGAACCCCAACAGUCCCAUUGCUGCCACCACUGAUUCUCCUAGCAUGCCUCCGCUCGCCUCUGACAUCUCGGAUGGUGGGAGUCUUGACUACCCUACUAAUCUACACCUCUUGGCCAGUACCAGCGAGUAUGUCACCGCUUCUGAGGGGCAUAGUGACAAUCCACAGGAGUUUUUAGUCUACAGCGACGACAUGGUCCAGCGACCUUCCAAUGCCAUCACCCAGGCCUGGCGGUCUAUCCCCUUCAACACCUCCACUCCAAUUCAAGAUGUGGAUCCCCUCGAACGUGUAUUACCUCACUUCCCGGGAGCCUACACACACUCUCUCAGUCAUCCCCCCAUGGGAGUCUCCAUCCACCUUAAUCCUGCCUUUGGCCUGUGA